GUCAAACAAAACUCGGUGCAGCGAAUGACGACGUUGAUGAGCGUUUGCUUUGUCAGACGAUGACCAAGAUCUGUGAUGUGAAGCUGGCGCGUGGAGCCGUUCAGAGGCUCUUCCAGCCCUUGAGAGAACAAGUUGCUAUGUUGAAGAGACAUCACAGCAAUAUCUCCGAGGUGGAUCGAGCAGCUUUCAAUGAGGAGAAGAUCUUGCCUCUGCAGAACCAGGAGAUGCAGAAGAUUCGGGUGAAGAUCGAAGGCUUCAGGGAGGAUGUGCGCAGCUUCCGCGCGGAGUUUUUGGAUCGUUGUCCUUGGGAAGUGAGAAUGCAGUGA